AGUGUUAUGAUGCAGUUCCACAACACACAGCCACAUUCACCCACAGACCGAGGAGCGGAAAGAGAAGAGAGAAGAGUGAGCAGAGAGAUUGAGAGAUUGAGAGAGAGAGAGAGAGAUAGACGGAGAUCUCUGGAGCAGACCUCAAGGUGAGGGGGCAGCCCUUCUCCAAAUGAAUUUUUUUUCUCUUUGCCAAAUUUCCUCCUUCUGCUGCGUGUUGCUUUCUCCCCUUUGCAAAAGCAUUAUUCAUCCACCCUUUGUCCUCCCUUCCCCCUCCCUGCUGCCUCCGCUCCUCUCUCUCGGUUCUUCCAUCCCUCUCCAAGCUCUGACGAUUCCCGCACUUAUUUCCCGGCAACUUUGGCUGUAGCAUCAGGCAUUACUGUUUAUUGUUUUGCUGCUGGUGCAGACCCCCAAAGCCUGCCCUGGGAGCUGGCAGUGCUGCUAAUUAUUUGGACCAUACCAUACUGAGAAUACCAGCCCGGGGGGUGCCAAAACCUCAGAGCAGAUGAGAAAAUCCAUUGUGAGCAGGUGUCCCCCUCCCUUUCUUUCCCCCUUAAGAAGCACGAGAUUCGCACCUGGUUCCUCCAGCCUCUGCCUCGGCGCCUCUGUUGUCAGCUGUCAGUUGCCCCCGCCAGCCCUCCCUCUCCCCUUCCUCCCACGGUCCAGCCCCAUCUCACUUCAGGGGAACAUCUCUCCCCAGCACUCGGCUUGCCUUUGUUUUUUCUCCAGUCAUUUGCCCAACUUGCUUCUCCCUGUGAUCCGAGAUGGGUGAAAAAAUGACCCCUACUCCCCUUUCUGUGAUUCUCUGGCCUUCCUUGCAGCCUCUCCUUGGCUUGACUGGGAAUUAGGGGAGAGGGAGGGAGGCGUGACGGCUGGAGGCUGGAGAAGGAGCCCAAGAUUGGGGACCCAAGCUGCCCCGUUCCCCAUGCCCCUUGAAGGUGUUUCAAGGUAGUGCAUGUCAGAGGGGAACUCGCAGGCAAAGUUGAAGGCAGACCUGUGAAGCAGAGACUGAAAGGUGGUCUCUUGGCAAGGAGGGCCCGUUUCCUGCAGCCGGAGCCCAAUGUCACCCUGAACUCAGCCCAAGGUGUUUUCCUGGGGCCCAGCCAGGAGGAGAGGACCUGAAACUGAAGAUAGUCUCUAUGGAGGUUUUGUGGAGAGACUGCCUGGCGGCCUUCAGAGAGUGGAACAGCUGGGUGCUUGUGGCCACUGCGGAGGACAGGACGAGGACAGUCUGUAUGCCCUGGCUAACCGCAGCCAACACUGCCUCGCCUCUGCUUAGUGCUCUAGCAUUGCCAGAGUGCCCAGCUGGCAUCUCUGAACCAGACUUAGGCUAACCACCCACAGCGGGCUGGGAGCUCUAUGAAGCAGAAAGCAGCAGCUCACCUGCUUAUCGGAGCCCACAGGGGCCACCUCCCUUCUUAUCCUCUCCUCCAGCACCUUCAGCCACUCGGAAGCUGGCGCGUGGGCAGAAGGCAAUCUUCCUCUAUUCCUAAUCAGAACCCAGCAAUUACUUCAUCUUCAGUCACCCACAGUCACUGCUGUUUGUCCCUGCCCCCUGGGAGAAGGUAGAAACAUUUUCUGCCUUGUGCCCCAAAGCACAGCUGUUAAAAAUAAGAGUCCUCCUUCUGCUGUUCGUUGUGGCCGUUGCUCUCACCCUACCACACAGCCCUGCCCAGCCCAGGAAUCAGGCUCCUCUGACACGCUACCCAUUUCCCAUUGGCUCCAGCUGUCAGAUUGCCUGAAGAAAAUGUAUUUUCUGCCUAAGUCUUUAACCAAGGGCUAAGGCAACAGUUAGUAAAGAAUAGGAAAGAGAAAGACCAAGGGGCCCAGAGGCUGGGAAGACAGGCAGGUGCUUAUUCUGGGCCAGAAUGAGUGAACCAAGGUGCGGGAAUGGGCGGCCACAUGUGAGGGCUUCGGUACUGCUGGAAACAACUAUAAAGUUCUAGUGAAGAGUCCCAGAGUGCAGGACCCUGACCUCAGGAGAGAACUGAAUCAGGGUUUGUAUACCUGCCUGCAUGCUCCUCCUCCCCUCACCUUACACCUCCCCCGCCAAAAUGUAUAAAGGAUCAAUUGUAUUGCAAACAAAGGCCAUGUAAAAGAAAGACCUUCAGGCAUCCCCAACUCUUAAAAGACUCUGAUCCCCGGAGACACAGUGCCUACCAAUGCCUGUGCGAUGCAGAGCCUCACGAAGAACUGAAAACCAAGGAGAGGGCACUUGCAGAUGACGUUGCUCCCAUGGCAGCGUCUGUGCCCGUGGGCUUCUCUCUGUGGAAAAUGGUGGAGGCUGCUUCUGCCCCAGGAGGGAGAAACACAGAAGCCUGGAUCGGCUGCCAGGUUUGCCAGAGCAGGAUGGGGAUCCAGGGGACAGGGCAACAAUGCAACUGGAUGCCGAGGGGGGAUCGAUGGUGAUGGGGGAAGUAAAGGUACGGGUGAGCUGAGCCCCUUUUCCUCCAUUCCCUCAGGAGGGGCCCUCCUGAGGUCACGGCUCCCCUGAUGUCCUUUCCCCUCUUCCCAGGUGACUUCUAUUUCUAUCUGGUUCUCGUCUGGGGGGGCCCUCGCCGGGCAGCCCCCCAACACUUCUCCUGCCCUGAAACACGGCUCUAGCCAACCUGCUCCGCUGCUUCACCUGCGACCGUCUCUGCGGGGGCUGCACGGCGCCAGCCCCUCCAGCCCGCCAGGGCAUUGUCCUCCAGCCCGUCAUGCCCAGCUGUGACCCCGGUCCAGGCCCUGCCUGCCUCCCCACCAAGACUUUCCGCAGUUACCUGCCCCGCUGCCACCGCACUUACAGCUGUGUCCACUGCCGUGCACACCUGGCCAAACACGAUGAGCUUAUUUCCAAGUCCUUCCAAGGGAGCCAUGGCCGAGCCUACCUGUUUAACUCCGUGGUCAACGUGGGUUGCGGGCCAGCUGAACAGCGCCUCUUGCUCACGGGGCUCCACUCGGUAGCUGAUAUUUUCUGUGAGAGCUGCAAAACCACACUGGGCUGGAAAUAUGAACAAGCUUUUGAGACGAGCCAGAAGUACAAGGAAGGGAAAUAUAUCAUUGAAAUGUCACACAUGGUGAAGGACAACGGCUGGGACUGAGGGGCUCAGGCAGGCUGUGCCCUUCCUCCGCAUGCCCCUCCCUCCCCACGGCCCUGCCAAGCAGUCUAUACCAGCAUGAGUACUGCCCCACCCCUGGGGGAAACCUGGCUCCAACCAACCCCUCCCCUGUCUCCACCAUAUCCACUACCAGGCACCCUUUGGAACAGGGGUCUGGGUGUACCCCAGGGGUGUUAAGGCUCAGGAGUGGGCAGCAGUCAGGGAGAGACAGAACUGGGGGAAAGGGUUGGUUGUGGGUCCUUCUGUUCCCAAGUUCCUGAAAGUUGAGGCAAUGGCAGGGCGUAGACUCAGGCAGAGAUUGUGGGAGGAAUCCGUUUUUGCUCCACCUCUUUUUGAGUGAACAGAGGACAAACCUUGGGUCACGGGGCUAGUAGAUCGCGGACCACAGAAUAGCAAAUGAGAAAAAGCUUGGGUUGGAGUGAAAUUUUGGUCUCAGGCAGCAGAACAGACCAGAGUCUCUGAGGAUGAAGUUUCCCACCCCUAUUUGUAGGGAAAAGGACUCAUGUGCAGGGAAAACUCAAAUCCCAGGCCCUGGGAAAUAGUAAAAGAAUCAAAGGGGUUUCCAUUUCACUCCACUUGUCAGUUUAUCUUGGCACUGAAGAGGCACUUUCGAAUAUCUAACUUUUGCCGUUGGAUGGGGUAGGGACAGCUGCACGCGGAACAGCCCCCACCCCCAGUCGGCUGCUUCCAGAACAAGCAGUCUUUAUGGGCUUUCUCUGAGGCCCAGUCACUGCUCCUGGGACCCAGUCCCCUGGAGGGGAGGUGGAAAAUCAGUGCUACGGGUCCAGUCUUUCCCGUGGCUGCCACCAGCGAAUGAAACUUUUGUAUGAUACAUAAAGUGCUUGGGUCUAUUUUUAAUAAAAAGGGAAAAAGCAACUUGA